CUUUCUGAGCGGUCUUCCUCGUGGACGGCCUCUACCUCGUGCCAUGGCUGUACAACAAAGAAUAUUGCACGGCGAGAGAGAAGCUCAUAGAGAGAGAAAGAAGAGAGAGAAACGAUUCCAAGACUAAACCUACUCAAUCUCAGUCUAAGCCUUCCCAAGCUUCUUCUGAACAAUCUGUUUUACCCAUUUCUGAAAAUGAGCCGUUAAUCCCAAAUCACUCAAUCCUGGCCGAUCAAGGGACUUCUCUCUAUGCUGGUUGGGUGUCUAUGAUAAUACUUUGUUUUGUGUAUUUUUUUCAUUUCAAUUUCGGUUUCAUUAAGUAGAAUUUUAGAUUUAACUAUAUAACAAUUAGAGAAAUUACUUUUGUGUAUGGUUCUAAUGAUAAAAAUAUUAGAUUGGAGAUGUUUGCGCAGCUCAAGAAUGCAGCUAAGACAGUCAACAUACUUUGGAUUGUGUUAGGGGACUUUGAUUGUUUAGCUAACGUUAAUGAAAGAAAGGGGCAAGUGGGAGAUUUUAUAUGUGGAAAACAAGCAAAGUGAUGAAGCUUGGAAGGUGCAUUACCCUGGAGUUGAAACUGUUUUCUUUCCUGAGGGAAAUUUUGACCAUUCUCCUAUGAUUGUUCAAUUUUUCAAGCAAAUUCUAAGAACAGCUCAUUUCAAGUUCUGUAACUUCUGGGCUACUAAAAACACGUUCCUUAAUGUUGUCAAGGGUGUCUGGGCUACUGAUCUUACUGGAUAUAGAAGCUAUCAAGUAAAUGUUUGUUUAUAUCUGUUGAGGAAGGCAUUGAAGGAAAACUUCCACAAGUUUCCUAUCCAAGUUAGGCUUGAGGAGGCUGAAGGAAACUUACAAUGGCUCAGAAUUUCUUACAAGAGAACCCAAGAGACCCUGCUCUUACAGAUGAAGUGCAGGGUGCUCUCACUCUCAAAACAGCAAAGAAGGAUUAUGCUUCGUAUGUUCAGCAGAUCUCUAGAAUCAAAUGGCUCAAGUUUGGAGAUGAGAACACCAAAGUCUCAGACACACAACGCAUUAGAAAUUCAGCAAGCUUUUACUUCCUUUUAUUCUGACUUGCUAUGUCAUCUUAAGAGUGACAGGAAGAAAAUCAACAUGAAUAUUAUUCAUGCUGGCCUUAUUUUGUCUAAUGCUACGCGAUCUCAACUAGAUUUAUCAUUUAGUAAGCAGGAUAUUAAGAGGGCUAUGUGGAGUAUACCUGAUGACAAGGCCCCUGGCAUGGAUGGCUAUAAUAGUCGAUUCUAUAAAGCGGCUUGACCUGUUAUUGGUGAUGAUGUAACCUCCAUAGUUCAAGAAUUCUUUGCUACUGGAAAAUUGUUGCGCGCUUGGAAUACAACUGCUAUAUCUCUUAUUCCCAAAACCAAGUGCCUUACUGUUCCAGGUGACUUUCGGCCAAUACCUUGUUGUCACACUAUUUACAAAUGCAUUUUCAAACUCAUUUGUUCUAAGCUUAGUCCUAUAUUGAAGUAUGUGAUAAGUCAAAAUCAGGGGGCUUUUGUUGCAGGGAGAAGAAUUAUCCAUAAUAUCUUUUUGUGUCAAUAUAUAAUCCUGUCAUUAUUCAAGGAAGCAUUAUUCCCCCAGCUGUCUCAUUAAAGUGGAUUUGAGGAAGGCAUAUGAUACGAUGGAUUGGUACUUCAUAACGGAUAUGCUGUUUGCUUUCGGCUUUCCGGAUCACUUUUUGAAGAUUGUAUUUACAUGCAUCUCCACCUCCACUUUCUCUUUGAUUUUGAAUGGCAAGCCUUUAGACUGCUUGAAAGCUAAGCAUGGUUUACGACAAGAGGAUCCAAUGUUGCCUAUCCUGUUUGUUAUUGGCAUGGAGUAUUUGUCAAGAAUGUUGAAGUGCGCUAGCUUUGAUCCCUCUUUUAAAUUUCACCCCGGAUGUGCUUCUUUAAAGCUUAUGCAUCUAAGCUUUGCGGAUGAUCUUAUGCUUUUCUCAGCAGGUGAAGCUUUUUAAGGUUCGGGAAAAUAUCAGCGAUUGGUUGAGUACUAGAAACUAUGUUAAUAACAUAGUUUAUAAAGAUUUGUUGGGUUCUAAACCUAUUGUGUCGUGGUGUAAAGUAGUCUGGAAUAGGUGUUCUAUACCUAAAGCACGAUUUUUCUUUUGGAUGGUUAUGCUCAAUAGGCUUAAGACGAGGGAUAGGCUGAAGGCUGUUGGCGCUCUUGUUGAUGAUAUUUGUCCUAUAUGUGGUGAGGUCAGUGAAUCCAUUGAUCAUAUAUUUUUUUCGAUGCCCAUGGAGUUUUCAAUGCCUUUGCCGCUUGAAUUCAUGGCUUCGGAUGAAUAUCAGCUCACUCUCUUCUAUGAAACCAAGCAAAUGGAAAGUGUCCAAGUUUGAAAAGAUGAUUACUACUUCUUUAUGCAGUCUCAUUUAUCAGAUUUAGAAGGCUCAUAAUGUUUGUGUUUGGAAUUUUUAGUUGGUUCUACCAAGUGUUUUGUUGAAGUCUGUGAAGAGCGAUGUCAAGUAUAAGAUUUCUAGCCUGUAUCCUCAACACUUGAAUGGUGUUGACCUUUCAUUUUGAGCAUUUUUUUUGCUUUGUUUUUAGGCUUUGCCUGUUGGUGUUUGUAAUUGCUUUGUUUUAAGCCUAAAAAGGAGGGGUGGGCUUGGAA